AUGAGCACACUGGCGCCACGAGCGGUGCGAACCACACGCAGGCUGGCUUCGCUGGCUUCGCUGCGGAAGGCCGGACCUUCGGUACUCCCCAUCGCCCUGGCACGUGCGUCGAUCGCACCGCUGUCGACUCGCAAUCUGUCCUGCACACCGCACCGUCGGGCUGCACCGGUCAAGCCCUCAAAGCCGGAGCCUUCUGUGCCGGAAGGCCCGUUGCGGGACGAAAAGAUCUCGGACGCUUCCGAGUAUGUGCGGCUCGUCGACCCCAAGAGCGGCUCGCUCGCCGGGCCCUUCCACACGCGCACGAUCCUCGCCAAACUCGACCGCACCAAGUUCUUCCUGCAACAAGUGGCGCCGCCACAGCCAGACCGGGCAACCAUCCAGUACAACCCGCAAGCCGCGGGAGCAGUGGACGUGUCGGCGCUGGUGCAGUUUCCCAUCUGCAAGCUCAUCGACAAGAAGGACGAGUUCGACAAGCAGCGUGCCAUCAAGCGACGCACAUCCUCCUCGGCCGCUGCGGCAGGCAACGUGUCCAAGGAGGUCCAGCUGACGUGGUCAGUGACACCCAACGACCUUACGCACAAACUCAGCAAGGCAAGAAAGGAAAUGCUGCGCGGUGCACGCAUCAACGUCGUCGUCACAACCAAGGCAGGCGGCAAAAAGUACAUCAAGGGUCUCGAUCCCAAGCUCGACCAACAGCGAGAGGAGCUGCUGCAGAGCAUCGAAACUUUCCUCUGCACGAGCGAGGACGAUCCCCAAGCCGCACCAAUAGCCCGUCGCCUCCAGGAAGUAGACUGGCAACGUGGCGGCUCAGCUGCAGUCAUGUCGUUCGAAGCCUUCCGAAAGUAA